CCUCGGUUCCCUCCUCCGUAAAGAGAGGGCGGGGUUAACCAGGCUCAGGUUAGGCCUUCCGGCGUCCCGCGCUCAAGGGGAGGGCUUUUCUUUGCGCCGCCUCUUCUGAUUGGAGGGCGGACGCCGCCUCCGCCAAUGAUCGCGGAGCCGGGGUGGGAGGUGUUGUUGUUUCCAGCGGACGGCAUGGCGGGGCGGCUGCUGAAGAAGCGGGCCCAGGAGGCGGCGAUGAUCCUUGGAGGUGGAGGACUGAUCUUCACCUCCUACCUGACGGCAGUGGGUGACGAGCACUUCUAUGCCCACUACCUGAUGCCCAUGUUGCAGAAGCUGGUGGACCCAGAGCUGGCUCACAAGCUCUCCAUUCGCUGCAUCUCCAUGGGACUCCUUCCACGCUCAGCCCCCCCAGACUCCAACAUGCUGGAAGUACGGGUCCUGGGCCAUAGAUUCCGAAAUCCCCUGGGAAUGGCUGCAGGCUUUGACAAGCAUGGGGAAGCAGUGGACGGACUUUAUAAGAUGGGCUUUGGUUUUGUUGAGGUAGGAAGUGUUACCCCAAAACCUCAGGAAGGAAACCCUAAGCCCAGGGUCUUCCGACUCCCAGAAGAUCAGGCUGUUAUUAACAGAUACGGGUUCAACAGUCACGGACUCUCGGUGGUGGAGCACAGGUUACGGGCGCGACAGCAGAAGCAGGCUAAGCUCACCGAAGAUGGGAUGCCGCUGGGAAUAAACUUGGGAAAGAACAAGAGCUCCUCAGACGCUGCAGCUGAUUAUACAGAAGGCGUUCGAGUGAUGGGGCCUUUGGCAGAUUACCUGGUGGUGAAUGUUUCCAGUCCUAAUACUGCUGGACUGAGGAAUCUACAGGGGAAAGAAGAGUUGCGCCAGCUGCUGAUCAAGGUGCUGAAGGAGAGGGAUGCCUUGCAGGGUGGACACAAGCCAGCGGUGCUGGUGAAAAUUGCCCCAGAUCUCACGACUCAAGAGAAGAGGGAGAUAGCCAGUGUGAUCAAGGAGCUGGGCAUCGAUGGGUUGAUAAUCACCAACACAACAGUCAGCCGCCCUGCCAGCCUUCAGGGGGAACUUCGGUCUGAAGUGGGAGGACUGAGUGGCAAGCCCCUUCGAGACCUCUCGACUCAGACUGUGAGUGAGAUGUACUCACUCACCCAAGGCAAAAUUCCCAUAAUUGGAGUUGGUGGGAUCAGCAGUGGGCAGGAUGCGCUGGAGAAGAUCCGCGCCGGCGCCUCCUUGGUCCAGAUGUAUACAGCAUUCACCUACGGGGGACCACCUGUAGUGGGGAAGAUCAAGCGGGAGUUAGAGGUCCUUCUGAAAGAGCAGGGUUUCAGCCAGCUCACAGAUGCAGUCGGCGCAGAUCAUCGAAUGUGAGGAAGUUGUUCUUUGUUCAUGGAUGGAAGGGAUCCCCCUUAUUCCAGGAGACUUCACUCGCUGACUUGGCUGGAUUGUAAAGGAUAAUGAUGUAUCCCUGGAGUGCUCAGAGGACUUUGCUCUGGCUCUAAACCUCAGUCAUGAUUCUUUUAAAAUUCAAGCUCCGAGAGCUUUCAUUAUUGUGAACAUCCUGUACAUAAGAAAACUAUUGUGAAGUAAAGUCAUGUAUUGUUUAUACUGAAA